CCCUCCCCGCCAUGUCUCCUUAGCGGGCUUCCCUCUCUUCUCCUCUUUCUGCUUCUUCUUCCUCCUCUUCUCCCUCUCUUUCUCCUUUGCUUUGAGGAUGAUCUGUCCCAGGAUGGGUUGCAGGGCUGCCAUCCUGCUGUAACCCAGCAGCAGCAGCCCCAAAACUGUGAAGGGAUGACAGGCUGGAGCUGUUCCGUUGAUGGAUGAGAUCCAUUUUCUUCCCCCUUUUUCAUUUUUUUAAAAUUUACUAAGCAAGAUCUCACCUAAAGAAAAAAAAAAAUCCUGCCUUAUCCCCAUCCUAUCUUACCAGGAAUAUUAAUUUCAGUCGUUAUUUUUGGAUAUUUUAUAACUAACUAGCCAGUUCCUUUGUUUAUUUCAAAAGAGGACGGAUAUUUCUGGGAUUUGAUACACCCAUCUUUAUACUGGAGAGAAAAUACCAAACAGGGAAGUGUCCUCUGGAAAAUCGCCUGCAGGAGGACUGACAGCAGCAAUGACACUCGGUCCCUGUCCGGACACCCGGCACGGCACAAGGAGGCGGGACACCGAGGUGCUGCCUCUCUCCUUGAUGCCAGCCACACUCCUCAUCCUCCUCGUCCUCAGCCCCACUGGCACCACCUCUGAGCCCGAGAUGCUGCCAUUCCCAGAGAUCCGCCUGGCCAACGGGCCCAGCCGCUGCCAGGGCCGGGUGGAGAUCCUCUACAACGGCUCCUGGGGCACCGUGUGUGACGACGACUGGGACAUGGUGGAUGCCAACGUGGUGUGUCGCCAGCUGGGCUGCGGCCAUGCCAUCACCCUGCCGGCCGCCAUGACCUUCGGCCAGGGCUCCGGGCCCAUCUUCCUGGACAACGUGGACUGCAAGGGCUCGGAGGCAGCCCUGAGCGAGUGCUGGAGCCACGGCUGGGGCAUCCACAACUGCUACCACUAUGAGGAUGUGGCUGUUGUGUGCAAUGAGUUCUCACCCACACAAGUCAGCGAAGGACCGACCACCAGGACCCUCACAGCCUCUGUACAGGACGGGGAAAGUGAUGGCAGCAUCCGCCUGGUGAGCGGCCCCGACACCUGCCAGGGCCGGGUGGAGAUCUUCUACCGCGGGAGCUGGGGCACCGUCUGCGACGACGACUGGGGCCUGAGCGAUGCCAGCGUGGUCUGCAAGCAGCUGGGCUGUGGGCAAGCCCUGGAUUACAAGAGCAAUGCCUACUUUGGCUAUGGAACAGGACGUAUCCUCCUGGACAACGUCAACUGCGACGGCAGCGAGCCCUUCCUGUCCGCCUGCUACAGCCUGGGCUGGGGCAUCCAUAACUGCGGCCACCACGAGGAUGCUGGGGUCAUCUGUGCAGGACUGGACACAUCCACCAUCACAUCAUUCACCACCUCGGUGGCCCUGGACUCUGAGGAGACGCUCACAGCCACGGCCACAGCAGUGACAGACAGCAGGGACCAGCCCUCCCAGGCCACCGAGGCGGUCACCACCACACUCCUGACCAUCGAGCAGGAAAGUGGCGGCUUGCGGCUGGCGAACGGCAACGGGAGCUGCCGCGGGCGGGUGGAGGUGCGGCACCGCGGCACCUGGGGCACCGUCUGCGACGACGACUGGGACUUCCCCGACGCCCAGGUGGUUUGCCGGCAGCUGGGCUGCGGCACCGCCCUCGCCGCCACCGUGCUCGGCUCCUUCGGCUACGGCAGCGGGCCCGUGCUGCUGGAUAACGUGGGCUGCGGCGGCGGCGAGGCGCGCCUGGCCGACUGCUUCCACCUGGGCUGGGGACAGCACAACUGCGGCCACCACGAGGAUGCCGGGGUCAUCUGCCGAGGUGCUGAUGACACUGAAGACCAUUUCCAAGAGGCCACUGCUACAACCACCACGUUGGCCCCAACUCAUCCCAAGGACGGGUCCCUGCGCCUGGUGAACGGCAGCCACCGGUGCGAGGGGCGCGUGGAGAUGUUCCACCUCUCCCAGUGGGGCACCGUGUGUGACGACGCCUGGGACCUGCGGGAUGCCAAGGUGGUGUGCAGGCAGCUGGGCUGUGGGCACGCCCUGGCAGCCUGGGGGGAGGCACACUAUGGCCAAGGCACCGGUUACAUCUUCCUGGACAACCUCAAGUGCAAGGGCCACGAGCCCUCGCUGCUGCGCUGCUCCCACAUCCGCUGGGACGUCCACAACUGCGACCACUCCGAGGAUGCCGGUGCUGUCUGUGACAUCCUAUGA